UUUAUCUUCUAAUUACUAGCCCACCGGCUAUUACGUAACAGGCGAGGACUGCUAAUGGUUUAGGCCUAAUGAACCACGAAUUGGAAGCUGACCAAAGACCAAUAUUACCCCUAGGAUUUAAGAGUAUUUGGAGGAAUACCUAUAGUUGUUGUAUUAUACCUAUUGUAUAUCGAAGGUUACAACGUAUAUCAAAUAUAUUAUUAAUGAAAGUAAACAUGAUGGAUUAUUAUUUGCAUCGGAAAAUACAAGGAGUCGGGAAACAGUUCAGCCGUAGACAGAUACGGUUGUUGACUAGACUUGGAAUUAUCGUUCCGUCUAUCUUAUGCGUGUUUACAUUAUUUGUCGUUCUGCAUUAUACAACUUAUACAGUUGGUACGAAUACAGAUGUGAAUAAUGAUUUGGAAUACAUGCAAAAAUGGAAAGGUGCACGUAAAUUAAAGCUUGGUUUCGACAAGGGAGAAGAAACACUCCUUACAUUAUUUACAACGUUUUCAGACCGAGAAGAGACAAGAUAUGCAAUACAAAACUACACUAUGCAAAAUUGGAUGUAUCAAUUUGGGCAAACGGGAGUUGUACCUGUAGUGUAUUUAUCGUCAGAUAUACAGAUCGAACAGUGCCAAGCUAAAGGCAUGAAAACUGUUAAGCUUACGGAUAAACUAACGGAGGAAGGCAGACCUAUAUUGAAGGAGCUUUUCCUUGACGCGUUUACCCGAUACAAUUCUAAAUAUUACGGCUUUAUGAAUGGUGAUAUACUUUAUCAUGGCAAAGAUAUCAUUUCAUCACUAAAUACAAUUACAAAAUUUGUUGAAUCAGAACGGAUAUCAAAAUUCUUGAUUCUUGGUAUGAGAGUAAACGUAGAUUUUUAUAACAAUGGUACAAUACGUAAUCUCACAGAGUUCAACGACAACGCGAUGGAACAGUUAGAAGCAAUAGGAAAACGGCACCCUGAUGUUGGAUCUUAUGACAUAUUUAUAUCAACUAAAGAUAGUUUUCCAUGGUCCACAAUUCCCGAUUACGUCAUAUCAUUACCGGGCUUCGAUAGCUGGUUAAUGAUAUUUGGUCAAAAAGCAGAUAUUCCUAUAAUCGACGUUACAGAAAGUCUUUUAAUUGUUCAUCAAGAUGGGGUCCCGAAAAAACGGGACAAAAACUACAAAAUCAUGAAUGAUAGAAACAAACGGUUAUACAGUGAGUCUGUGAAAGAAAAACAAGUAGGUUGGAUGAGAAAAUGUGCUCACUUUAAGACAGUUUGGAAACAUAGUGAAGUCAAACUUGUUAAAAGUAAACGCGAUGAGGCAAUGAAAAAGAAAUGUGUGCCAACGAAACCUCUGUAUAUUCCAAUUCUAUAAUUGUGUCUAAUUAUAGUUUAUGCAAUGAUUUCGUGUAAAACUAAACACGCAAACCUUUAACACAGUCCCCACAAAAGGUUUCGCAACACCAAUACCCGUAUUAGACAACGCUUGUUAAUGUUUGCAUUGGAGUAAUAUCAUGCACAUUUGUCAUACAUUUUCGACCUGAUGGAAUCUAAAAACAACACUGAACAGUGAACAGGCUUUAACCAACUAUCCGAUAAUAAAUUAUCAUGAGAAACCAUGACCUUCUAUCAUUUCUUUUCUAGUAAAAAA